ACUCUCAGAUUCUUGGGGGUGGCUGGUGGGGGUAGUACCCGAAAAAAAAAAACAUUCAAGAAAACAAAAAAGAAAAUCUUGUAACCAAAAGAAAAAAAAUAUUUUGUCUGAAAAAAAAAUUGUCUGAAAUGAGACAUCAAAGAUGGUCGAAGAGAUAAUCUGAGAUCAUCCUGUAAAAGGGCAGUAAUUUGAAAAACCAAAAAAAAAAAUUGUUAGCAUUCUUGAUUCUUGAAACAAAUUUAUUGAGUUUUUUUAAUAUAAAACGGUCCAAUUUUAAUUUUAAUUGCUGCCUUUUUUAAGUCUCUACCUAUCCAUCACCAUUCACCGCCCCACGUAUUUACUUUUUCUUCAAGAAUUGAUACCUAACAGCUUCUCUACACCAGAGUUUUAUGCUGGAAUUUGUAUUGUGGAGGUAUAUAGAGGGAAGAUAAUAAUAGCCUGCUGAGACAGGUUAUGUACAUUUUGGAGGAAGGGGUUUAGAGAUAAUUUAAUAAAAAGAUGAGGGACCAUGAUCGUUGUCGAAUGCGGAUAAUUUGCAUUUCUUUGUCAUACUAUAGUUUUUGUAUAGUUAAUUUGUGAAUCAAAGCUACCUCCACUACCUUAUUUGGUUCAUCAAGCAAUGGGGGCUAGAUGGAAUUCUAAUGGAUUUCAAUUCUUCUGUUUCUUGGUUUUGAUUCUCGGGCUUAAAAUAAAGGGCUCAUGGUCUCUUAACGAUGAGGGUUUUAUUUUGUUGAAAUUUCGUGCAAGAGUGAGUUCGGAUCCUUUUGGUGUUUUUGGUAAUUGGAAUUUUGAUGACACCGAUCCUUGCUUGUGGUGCGGUGUACACUGUGUGGCUGGUGUAGUUGAAAAAUUGGAUCUGAGUGGUCAUUCAUUGGAAGGGACAUUGCCUCCCGAUCUUGGCAAACUUAUUAACUUGAAAUCUCUAAUUCUCAAUAAAAACCGUUUCUAUGGUGAUAUUCCUAAAGAGAUCGGAGGACUUGGAAAGCUGGAGGUACUGGAUUUGAGGGAUAAUAACUUCAGUGGAAUAAUUCCAGCAGAAUUAGGAAGGCUUCCGUCACUAAAAUGCUUAUUGCUUUGUGACAACGAAUUUGAACGCAGCAGUAUUCUGGAUAUUGGGAGGCUUAGAUUUUUGUCUGGAUUGCAGUUUGAUAAAAACCUCGCAUGUUCUUCACUUCCUGGAGUUGACCGUAUGAAUAGGAAGGCCGACAACGGUUUGUGGCAGAGCCCUUUAAAACACCUAAAUGAGGCUUACUCAUUGAUUUCUCCGAUUAAAGAAGCUGUUACGCGUUAUGUCAAUGCCUUGCAACUACAACCGUUUAAGCUUGGAGAGGCAAGUCUGCAUGAAUGUGAUGACAAUUUGUGCAAUAAACUAGCUGGUUCCUCAAGGCUACAAAUGGUCCAAAAUGUUGAGAUCCUUGUCGGUUCUGCACGCCGUAGGCUAUUUGAUCUGUCGAGUAACCUCCCAGCCGCCCCUUCCGGUGGUGGCUCCCCCUCUCAACAGAUUAUUGCUUUACCAACUACUCGAAGUAGUGGGAGUUUUCCAGCUAUACCAAAUGCAAAGAUGAAUCCACCACUUCCACCUGUGCCAAUGGCUCCACCUCCUGAGCCUUCAUCAAAAGGUUUUCAAAGUGAUUCUGAUGUAAAGCCAGCUAUUAAGCAAUCUCCACAAAGUGGAACUUCACAUAUAUGGAUAUUUUUCUUGGUUGUUCCCAUUGUUCUUGCCCUGGUCAUUAUCUCUUUGGGCCUGGUAAUAAUUUUCCGUAAACGUGGAGUCACAACAAUAGGUCCUUGGAAGACUGGACUGAGUGGACAGCUGCAGAAAGCAUUUGUUACAGGGGUUCCUAAGCUAAAUCGAGCAGAGCUGGAAACGGCCUGUGAGGAUUUCAGCAAUAUAAUUGACACACAUGAAGGCUGCACUAUGUACAAAGGAACUUUAUCCAGUGGAGUCGAGAUUGCUGUUGCGUCAACUUUAGUCGCAUCUUCCAAAGAUUGGUCAAAGAAUGCAGAGAUGUCAUACCGGAAAAAGAUUGAUACACUAUCUCGGAUUAACCAUAAGAACUUUGUCAAUCUAAUCGGCUUCUGUGAGGAGAAUGAACCUUUCAAUCGAAUGAUGGUGUUUGAAUAUGCUCCUAAUGGAACCCUCUUCGAGCAUUUGCAUAUUAAAGAAAUGGAGCAUCUUGACUGGAAUGCAAGAAUGAGGAUCGUCAUGGGCACUGCUUAUUGCUUGCAAUACAUGCACCAUGAUUUGAACCCGCCAGUCGCACAUUCUAACUUGAAUUCACAUUACAUUUAUCUAACGGAUGACUACGCCUCUAAGAUUGCAGAAGUUUGUUUCUUGCCGCAAUAUGUUAGAAAGUCGAAAAUUUCAGGGGAUAGUGAGUCAGAACAUUCUGAGUUGCCUCCGCUGGCUGAUCCAGAAACAAAUGUGUACAGUUACGGGAUUCUGUUGCUAGAAAUCAUUUCCGGAAAGCUUCCAUAUUCGAAAGAACAAGGGCCUCUCGAGAAAUGGGCUGCCGAAUAUUUGAAUGACAAGCGAAGUAUCAGCUACAUGAUCGAUCCAACCCUCAAGGCUUUCAAAAACAACGAGCUCGACGUAAUCUGCGAGGUUAUCCAAGAGUGUAUACAACCGGACCCAAGACAAAGACCAACUAUGAGGGAUAUCACGUCCAAAUUGAGGGAAAUGAUCGCUAUCUCACCGGAUCAAGCAACUCCAAGACUCUCUCCGCUAUGGUGGGCUGAGCUUGAGAUAUUAUCGGUGGAGGCGACGUAAUGCCGAGUUUCUUCAUUCUUGGUAUUGUAAGUCUAAGUCUCUCUCUCUCUCUCACACUGCUUCAUGCCAGAGUCUAAAAGUAGCUUUUUGAUUGGUGAUUCUCACCAAAUUACUAAAUACGCGGCUUUUUUUUGCAUCCCUGUUUAAUAUUUGUACUGUAAUUUCAUUGUAAUUCAAAUUUUUCUUUGAUGAGAGUGUAAUAUAUUUGUGUUUGUUGAUGGAUGCAAAAUAUAUAUGUAUUGUGUGAUUGAAAGUGUAAUAUUGUGGUGCAAGGAAAACUAACAUAGCACACAAGGAUGUUAUAUUAAUUAUGAGCCUUACUUAUACAUAUGUAUAUAAUUUUAGGCUGUUAGUUUCUCA